AUGGCCUCUACACACAGUAUCUGUUGUACUCAUGCCAUCAUCAAAUCUGAAGCAACUAACAUCAUCAGAGAAAACCACAAAAUGUGCAUUCAUGAAUUCAGAAGUGCACAACAGACAUCUUUCUCUUCAGAGAAAUCAAGCUCAGAGUAUAGUUCUGAGGAAGACAUCUCCUCUGAAGGUCUGAGUGCAAUUAAGGCUGAGAAGAUAGCUGUAACUAGACAGAUCAAAAAGUUACAAGCUGAGAAGGAAUUGCAAGAAUUGCAAUACAAGUGUGAUACCUUACUACAGAAGUUAGAUCAGACAAUCUCAACCACUCAAAAUAUACUCAAAACAUCUCUGAAUCAUGAUAGAAAUGCUACUAGUGCAAACCUUAACCAUGAAAACACCACCAGCACUCUCAGAUCACUGGAACCUGCACUGAGAGUAUCUGAUAUCUUAGUGGAGAGCACUGUGACUACUGUCAGUGGGAGAUAUAGUCAGGUACCACUUUGGCAAUUAGAACUUUGA